AUGAGUUGGAGAAAACUGGUUCCACACAUCUACUCUGCCGCGAAGGUGACAGCAACGGGCGCAUCCAUCACGUUGGGUAGCACUGUGUUCUCCUGUUAUCUGGCACUACAAAUCGAAGCCGCCAGUCACAGAACGAUCUUUGCCUUCUUUCCCCAUUGGUACGCCAAUGUGGAAUAUGCCAAUGGCAUUGACCCUGAUCUCUUGGCUUCUGUUCGAAUGCAAGCAAGGCUGCAGCAGCAAGAACAAGUAAAGAGAGCACUUUUACAGCCUCAGCAAUCUACGCUCAAGAAUCAGGAAGAUGACACAACAACAAAGACAAUCUUCACGGUAGAAGGCCUUGUGGAACCCAUGGUCAAACAAGUACAACUGGAUCUGAGUGCUUGUGCCAUGACCGCAUAG